UUUUCGAUCAUUGGAGGAGAGGAUGAGGCAGUUGAUAGCAAUUGUAACGAUCGUGUCUACGGUGGGAGGAUGCUUGGCCGGGCAGGAUUUCCUCUCGAAAUCGUUGAACGAGUGCAUAGCAGCCGAGUCUUGGCUGUCCUGCCUCAAGCAAGAGGUGCUCGGAUACUUGGACGGGAAGCUUGGAACGAGCACCGAGGCGAGAUCCUUGGACACAGUUGACGAGGCUAUCGUCGCCAGGACGUUCAAAUAUCUGAAGAGUUUCGACUACGGGUUAGAUCUGCCUUUCGUGGACGCGAGCCUCAAGUACAGGCCGAGCAGGAGUUUGGCGGAUCUGGAUAUCGAGUUCAAUGGGAACGAGGUGGCUACCAGCCAGGCAAGAGGAAUGUUGAAGAAGAAACUGUUGCUGCCCUUCCUGCUCCUCUUGAAAUUGAAACUGAAGGCCCUUAUGCCGAUCCUCGUCGCCGUGGUUGGAUUGAAGGCGUUGAAGGCUCUGAUCCUCUCGAAACUCGCCGUCCUCCUCGUUGUUGGAUUCAUCGCUGUUCAAUUGUUCAAGAAGGGUGGAAUGAUGAUGCCAAUGGGAAUGUCGAUGGAACCGGCUACACCGGCGUACGGAGCUCCACCUAUGCCCUCGACCACGUCGAGCUACGAUCCGGCGAACACGUGGGACGGAAACGGUCCUUAUUCCCGCGUAUGGACGCCGACCAACGGUGUGGAAGCGCAAAACCUAGCCUACUCUUACUACUCUCCGAGCAGCGGCUCCAACAGUUAUACCGGCUCCUCGUCCUCCUCGUCCUCCUCGUCGUCGGUCAAUUCCGCCAGCUCGACGAACUAUUAGACGAUCAUACGGAUAAUCGACUCGUUUUUCCGCCCCUUUUUAACUCUCAUUUUUUAACGACGGAUCGAUCGCACGAUCGAGAGACCAAAGAGA